AUGGCGUUCAGCUACUUCACGGUCCCGUCUGGCCAGCCCUUCAGGAGGCCGCUGCCCGGCCACGUUGUCGCGCGGCUAGCGCAGCCCCUCCGGAGGACGCGCUCUGUCGAGGAAGCGGCGGACCGCCGAAGCCAGGCCCUCUGGCGGCGUUCGGAAAAGGCCGGCGAGGUGUACAGAGCGGCCCGCAAGAUCGCCAUGAGCAGGCACUUGUUCGACUUUCACGACCGCGCAGUCGCCAAGCACCGCGCAGAAAGGGCGCAGCAGGAGGCAGAGCGCCGAAGGACAGCGCUCCUCCAGUGCAAAUCCGACGCGAUAGCAGCUGGAUACAACGAGUGGUACGACGCGCGGGUGUGCAAGGAGGAAGAGGAACACCUAUCUAAGUCAAAGCGCGACAGGUAUGGCGGUAAACGGGCAGGCCUCUGGGAAGAGCAUCUGAUACUCAGCAACGCCUCUAUUCGCGUUUCCUCAGUGGGCCCAGCAAGGGCCCUUUCUGCUCCAUAUCAGCCAGCGUCUAAUUGA